CUCACCACACACUGUGAUACUUGUAUUUGCAAGCUUCGUAAUUUGCGUGACGAUUCUCAAAUGCAAAGAACCGUGAAAAACUAAUUCGAUUUAAUUUCUCAAUGAAAAUUUGUGCAAAAAUGUUGUGAAUUUAGCAAGACCGAUGCAGUUGCUUUGAAAAACGCAUGAAUUUUAUGCAUUAAUUAAGUGAAUAUUAGUUCUGGAAACAUACAUAUAUAUACUUUUGGCGCAAACGUAGCGCUUUGUGAUGCUCCCCUGAAGUACAUAUUGCAGCAAAAAUUACACACAAGCAAACAAAUAAUAAAAUGGCAUUGACCAUAGUGAAAUAUCGUAAACCUGGGGCGGGUGAAACUAGCACAGCCGCUGCACCAACUCCAGCAAUACUGAUUAAAAGUAAAUUGCAGUCACAACAGCAACAACAAAUUGAAAAGAAACCUAUAAUAAAAUUGGGAACUGGUACAAAUUUAAUCAUAAAUAAAAUACCUGCUACAAUAAAGCCUGCCGUGAUGAAGCGCAGCAGCUCCUCAAUAAUUGAACCUGCUUUUAAAUCAACCAAAUAUUCACUGCAAACAAUUGCCAGUGCUGGUACACCGCUAACGAGUUUUCAAUGGCAACAGACCAUAGGGGGUCCGGGUGGUACAACCAUUACCACAACUCCAACCAAAAAGCAACAUAUUGGCGCUACGAUCAGCUCACUACCGCCCAGCACAAUUAUACAAGCAAGCGGUGUUGGUACGGCUAACAGCACAAAUGGUGGAAUUGGUACAACGAUUACGCCAACGGGAAAUGCAACCACAUUCAAUGCCGUCACCACACAAGGCAAUACAGUACAAGUGCGACGUCCAACAAUUGUUAUAAAACGUGAAUUACCUAAGCGUACCAUACGCAGUGUAACGCUUGAGUUGAUCGAAAAGAAUCCCUAUGUGCAUUUGGGUGUUUUCGAAAAUCGUUUGCCGCUGAUAAAGAAUCUGCUUUGUAACACUGCUAAUGUAACCGUGCUCGACUGUUAUUUGACUUUAAAGAAGUUGCGUCAGAAUGAAGAAUUCUCGCUACUAGCGGAAUACUUUGAGUUGAGUGAAGGCGAAGUGCAGCAGAUAUUUGCGCGCACUGUUGUUAAAUUGUCGCGUUUUAUGCGUCUUUUGGUGCGUUGGCCUGAGAGCAAACGGUAUUAUGAUCGUCAUAAAAAUUUGCCUUUUGCCUUCCGUUCGAGUUUGUCACAUGUACAGUCGUUGAUUGAAUGUGUCGAGACAGAUAUGCAACGCCAAAUGCAAAAUGAUUGUAACAAUUACAAAUUCAUUUUCAGCAUUACACCAAAUGGCAUUAUUUCGUAUAUUUCGGAAGCUUUUGUUGGUCAUCACGACGAUAUAACGGUAUUCAAUGCAUCUAACUUUCAAGAUGUAAUACCAAAAUACCUUUCCUUGGUCGCCGAUCCUGGCAAAGCAGUACGUCGCAAGCGAAAACCUAAACAUGCCUCAAUCAGCAAUUCAUUGCCAUCAAGCGGCAAUGCCGAAACUGAUUCCACCACCGAUUCGGCAGAUGAAUCAGCGGACGAUAUUGAAGUGGAUGAUAGUGAAGACAGUCAAACGCUUAGCCGUUAUGCGGCAUCACGUGUAGCCGCCGAAUUGGCCUCCCACCAAACAAUGAAUAUUGUAAAGAGCGAAUUGACAUCGCGCAAAGUAAAAGACUUCAGCAUUCCGACUAUGCGUGUGCGUGAACCGGUCUGUCGACAACAAAUACGCCAUAUGAUCUACACACUGCGUGAAUUUAAACUAUUACAACCGUAUGCCAUACAGGAGCCAAUCAUUUUCCAAUAUCUCAAUGAGAUAUUAACCGUAGCAUCGGCGCUCACAAAUAUGCAGCGGUAGAAGUGUGGUGGCUAAGACAUAUUUACGCGUAAUUGGCAUGUAGUUAGGAUAAAGCAAAUGAAAAGCAAAGUAGGAAAGAAAGACGCAGAUUACAAGCGUGUGCAGUUGUAAGUUUGCUGUGACACGCUUCUGAAUUUACGCUUAAACAAUUGACGAGUAGUUUGUCGACUAGCAUGCUUUGUUGGCUAAGGGAAUUUUGGCGGCGUGGGCAAGUUGUAUCGUGCGCUUCAUAAAAAAAUAAAAACAAAAUAUUCCAUUUGCCUUGCAUCCGUGCAACUCAACGACAAUACCAACUACUCAAUUCAACUAAGUAAUAAAACAAACGGUUGUUUAUGGGUACAUAGUUUUAAGAUUUCUAGUUUAUAAACAUUUUAAUUUGGCGCAUGUGCAACGAAAGUUUGCUAUCUCAUUUAUAAUGGAAUUUAUGUUUGCAAACAAAUUGAAGAAAAUAGCAAAAUAAAUAAAUUUCAAUCGCGCACAAUUGCUUGGCACAGCAGCACUUUCGUAUUUAUCAAAGCACCAACCAAAAUGAGCAAUAGCAACGGCGGUAGAAAAUAUAUUACAUAUGUACAUAUGUAUAACAACAAAUUAUAUCUAUAAAAUAUUAAUGAAACUAGUAAGCAAGUGUAAACGAGUAGUGCGUCAAAAUUCAAUAUGUGUGCAAUACUUACUACUGCUUUAUUGCUUUAGGUGCGCACCAGCAUAUCAGCACGUUUUUUUGCAUUGUUAGUGAUAGAAAAAUAGAUUUUGUAUUAAGAAAUUCUCACGCAUGCUGAGAAAAUUGUAUAUAUAAAAAAAUGUAAGCAUCAUUUGCAUAUUAUAAACUUAUCAAAUUUGUAUAUAACUUAUACAUACAUUGAUUAACAAUAAUUUCCGAAGUUCGCCGUUUUUUUAAACUUUGAAUAAAAUAAAAAAAAUUAAUAAAAAAAAAAUGAAAUGCUGAUGGUGUGCUAUAACGCCAGUAUCGGACACAUAUUGAGUUUUUUCCCCCCCAAAUGAGCGUGUGAUCCGCACAUUGUAAUCAUUGUCUUAUUUUUUCCGAAACUAAAAAAUAAAUUUAUUAAAAAAUCUUUAAAAAAAA